AUGAAGCUUAAAAGAAGGAGAGUUUUGGAAGUGGUACGCCCUUGAUUAAAGUUUACUUUUAGAUUUUAUUCUCUUUUUUUCACCAUGAGGAUUUGAUGUCGGUAUUAUCUGGAAGAAGUAUCUCAAUAUUUUUAAGGGCAGGGGAUAGUGCAGCUUCUAUGAGCAUGUUUCAGUAAUUUUUUUGGGAAGAUUCGUGUUGCCUCUGAUGUUUCUUUGACGAUUUUAUUUUCUACGAGGAAAUGAGGAUGGACAAACUCGUUUUUUAAUUUCUCUUUUCUUUCUUAUGUUGUCUUCUUUUGUAGAAUUAUGAAGUUAAAUAUGUUCGAAAAUGUAGUAUUGUUGGCAUUUUUUCUGUUUACGCUUCAAUUUUUUCCCAUGAUUGAGAUAUUUUUUCUCAAAUUAUAAGAUUCUAUGGGAUUCGAUGGGAACUAAAUUAGUUUCGGAGAUUCAGGUUCGUGUUGGCAUGCUCUUAAGGUAGUUUGGGGACUUGCACCUCUAUCUUGUUUUACCAUUGUCAGGGAAGGAAUUUUUGCGUUGUCUUUGUUAGGAUUCAGUUUCUAGUUCUCGCUCAUGUAAACCUUUUUAUAUAUGUAUUUUAUCUUUCCUUGGAGCAAAAUUUUGUCAUGCAUUGGAACAGAAGUGCAAUCCUGCUCAAGGUAAACUGCAGUGUAUGUCCUCUGAUAGGACGAUCGGACUGACCCCUCAAUGUUGUUUUUAAUUUUUUCUUAUUUCAUAGACUCAGGAUGAUACUCUGUGAAUGAGAAAAAUAAAAGCUCUUUUUUGAAUUUUUUUGUUCGUUUUUAAAGUUCUUGAGAGUUUUUUGGAUUCGGAAAUACUUUACUGGAGUUUUCUAAGCAGCUUUGCCUGCUUGUGAUUAUGUUGCUUUAAUGAAGAUGCCGGUUUAUGUUUGAUUUUUCUUGUGAUUAUGGAUUAUCUUUGAUACUCAAAAUUUCUUUGAUGUACUCUUAAAAGGUAGUUGAACUUCUAAAAGAUGCGCUAUUGAUGCGAGUUUGGUGUCAUUGAGAUUCACUUCUUGAUCUUUGAAUGGUCUGGAAUUUCUUAUGUCAAUCCUUUUCAUGCCUGGAUAUGCCAGAUUAUCCAGAUUAUAUCAUUUUGCGUUGAAAAUCUCGGAAUAUACUGUACAUGCAAUCGGCCAUUGUUUGUUAGUGUUUCUAUACAAGCUGUUUUUUUUAUCUGCCACAGUUUCUUAGGGUGUCCUAUUUCGUGAUUAAACUUUGGUGUCAUGACUGGUGUCAUUUUUACAGUAACAUAUGGAUUAUUUUGGUCGUAUGUUUUGAUGCCUUUUGUUAAUCUAAUAAUUGACUGCUUUUUUUUUGUGUGCUCUUUAUUGUUAAUAGCUGAUGCAAAACUGUGUCUGAAAGAUAUAUGGCUGAAAUAAUUAUCUUCACCGUUUACACCUUUUUUCUUGAUUGCAAUGAUAUAGUUUGGACGGUUCUUCUAGGAAACACUCUCAACUGACUGACAACGUAUUGGUUCACUAGGAAGUUUCUAUGUUAGGCCCAUUUAUUUAGUAUUGCUACCAAGGAGACAGGUUCGGUGCAUGGAUAACACUGCAUGUUCAGUGUGUGGAACAAAGCUAUUACCUGUUCACAAUGACAUGCGUUAUCUAAUGACAUGGACCUCCGCUGGUAAACCAUAACAUGACUGGAAGUUGGAUGAUAAAAUCUGAAUUCUCACGAAAUUUGGUUGAACUGAAUCAUGAGGUUAACAUAUUUAGUCACUUUUAAAGAAAAGACCUAUUACUUCUUUUUCCAAUUAUUUCUCCUUCCAGUGACUAAUCUUUAAAGAUGUUACAUCUGUAUUGGUCAGGUCAAAAUGUAUAAUAGAGUCCUCUUUAAACAUCCCUGCCUUUUUCUUCUCACAUAUGAGGCAGAAGGUAGUGAGAGAAUCGUUCACCAUUCUUACUCUAGUUGAUUGUAAUCAAUCCACCAUGUCAGAAUGCUUUGCGUUGAUUAGAUUCUCUGCCAGUGUAUCUCAACUUCUUGGAUAUUACUUUCUAGAUUGCACAUGAUGGUGCACUCAAUUAGUCAACUGUUAUCUUUUCUUGUUAUUCAAUGUUAUCAAUCUCAAUAUGAACACGUAGCCUCCAAAGCAUUAACUUUUAUUCUUAGUUUCUGUAAUAUUUCUUCAGAGGUGAAAUUAAACCUAUCCCUCUUCUCUACCUAUAGUUUUGAUUUGUCCAAUGGUUAUUUAUUCAUCAUAUUUCAAAACAUAAGAUAUCAAAGUUGAUAUCAAAACAUAUGCGCCGACCAUCUUCCUAAAAUCAAGAUAUUUUGCAUGGCCAAGGUGGAAUAUGUUGACAUUCUGAUUGUUAAAACUGCUCAUCUAUAGUGCUGUAAUUUUUUACUGAACUCUGUUCAGCUGCCACUAUUCGCUGGAAUUUAAGUAGUGUUUUUUCUUUUUCUAUGUGACAUGCAUUUAUCUAUUUCGAAUCUCCACAGCCAUUAGGUGGUGGAAUACGCCAGCUUAGUUUGUAAAGUAGUAAUGUGCACAAAGUAGCCGUGAAGCAUUAGUGUAGGCCAUGGGAAGCUUGUAAAUUAGGUGCCACAUUUUUCAACUAUACUUGUACUGCUGGUGCAGAGAAUCUACUUGACUAUAUCAUGGGUACUUACUUAAUCAAUGAUCUGAAAGUGGACACCUGCGUAGUUAUAGUAACGAGUGAGGACUGCACUUAAUCACGGCUAUGUAGGUUAUCACUUAUGCUAUCAAGUUGGCUGAUUUAUUAUCUUUCUGAAAUUGAGCCAUUUUCAAGUGAUCAUUUUUGUCUCCCGCAAGUUAAUUCUUGCUGUGACUUGUCUCUUGUCAAUACAGUGAUCUGAAAGAGGUAUGCUUUUAAUUUUUCCUAAUACAUAAAACUUCUUCCAUACAAAAACAAGGUGAAUACUUUUCUAAAUUCAGAAGUUGGAAAAGCGAAAUAUUUAUAUUUACUGUCUUUUGUAUGUGAUCCUUGUUAUUUUCCACAAAGUGAUCUGCAGCAUUGCAUCUUAAGACUAUGAUUAUUUCUUGUGGUUUGUCAAGAAUGCGCUUUCAUUUUAAUGUUUGUCCUUGAUGAAAUUCCUCACUCUUGAGAAAAUAAGGCAAUUUACACUUUUAUUAUGGGAGAAACGAUAAGAUUGGUCUGGUUUUACUUUUAUUGCAGCCUUCCAAGAUACGAUCCUUUAUCAAUAGUGUCACCUAUGUUCCAUUUGAGGAUAUUGAAACUCCCUUGAAGGGCUUUGUGUGGGAGUUUGACAAGGUAUAUCGGCGCCUCUUAUUAUGGUCACAUUUAUGAUAAGUAAAAUUAUAUUAUGAUUAUUUUACUCAAGCUAUGUACAAAUAUCUGACCAAUUUCAUCUGAACCGUGAACAGGGGGAUUUUCAUCACUGGGUCGAACUUUUUAAUCAUUUUGAUUCGUUUUUUGAGAAAUGUGUUAAACCAAGGAAGGAUUUGCGGCUUGAGGAUGAUUUCCUGGAAGCUGAUCCUACUUUCCCUAAAGAAGCAGUUCUUCAAAUUCUUCGGGUUGUAAGGAUUAUCUUGGAAAAUUGCGCAAACAAGCACUUUUAUAGCUCUUAUGAAGUACGUUUCUUAACUUGGAGUUACUUUUUUCUCUAAAUCUUGAAUCUGCUAAAUUUGUGUCUCAUAAUUUGAUGGCCAAUAUGCUAAAUAUAUCUGUUUUCAUUCCCGCUUUCUCAUUUGUUUAAGCUGCACACGUUUUUGUUCUGGUAAAUGAAAAGUCUUGUGUUAGUUUCUUGUAGCUUAUUGACGAUUUUUUUAUUGUAAACGAAUGCAGCAGCAUCUUUCUGCUUUGCUUGCUUCUGCUGAUGGAGAUGUAGUUGAGUCUAGUUUGCAGACAUUGGCAGCCUUUUUGAAGAAAACAAUUGGGAAAUGUUGUAUAAGAGAUGCCAGUUUGACUUCAAAGUUACUUGCUAUUUCACAAGGUUGGGGAAGCAAAGAAGAGGGACUAGGGUUAAUUGCUUGCUCUUUGCAAGACGGUUGUGAUUCAGUUGCCUAUGAUAUUGGCUCUACACUUCACUUUGAAUUCUAUGCAGCUGCUGAUACUCUAAAUGAAUGCAAUAAUGCAGACCAUUCUGCACAAGGUUUGCAAAUCAUUCAUGUGAAAAAUAUCAGUUCACAUGAGGAGAGUGAUCUUCAACUCUUGAAGAACUUAGUGGAUGAGUACAAAGUUUCUCCUAGCCUGAGGUUUUCACUUUUGACGAGAUUGAGAUUUGCAAGGGCUUUUGGUUCUCUACAUUCUCGACAGCAGUACAUUUGCAUCCGUUUAUAUGCAUUUAUUGUUCUUGUUCAUGCAAGUAGUGAUACUGACAACUUGACUAAUUUCUUUAACAAUGAACCAGAGUUUGUCAAUGAGUUAGUGUCAUUAAUGAGCUAUGAAGAAUUAAUUCCGGAGAAAAUUCGGAUAUUGGGCGUUCUUUCACUUGUUGCUCUUUGUCAGGAACGAUCACACCAACCAACUGUGGUAACAUCUGUAACAUCUGGUGGCCAUAGAGGAAUUCUUGCGAGUCUUAUGCAGAAAACCAUCAACACUAUUACAAGUGAAACUACAAAAUGGUCUGUGGUUUUUGGUGAGGCACUUUUAUCUCUUGUCACAGUUUUGGUUUCUUCAUCACCUGGUUCUUCAGCUCUGAGGGAAGCGGGAUUUAUACCCACACUUCUACCUCUCUUGAAAGAUACAAACCCUCAACAUUUACACUUGGUUAGUACGGCAGUCAAUGUCCUGGAGCAUUUCAUGGACUACAGCAACCCAGCAGUCAGUUUGUUUAGAGAUUUAGGGGGCUUAGAUGAUACUAUUACACGCUUAAAAGUUGAAGUGUCUUCUGUUGAGAAGAGUCCAAAGAAACUUGGAGAAGAAUCUCUCUCUCAUCAGAAGGGUAAACAAAUUGUUAGUGCUUCAUUUGACCUUGAUUCACAACCUCUGUAUUCUGAAUCCUUGGUCAGCUAUCAUCGAAGGUUACUUAUCAAAGCCUUACUUCGUGCAAUAUCACUUGGGACAUAUGCCCCUGGAACUACAUCUCGCAUAUAUGGCUCAGAAGAGAGUUUGUUGCCUCAUUGCUUAAGCCUUAUUUUCAGAAAAGCCAAGGACUUUGGUGGUGGAGUGUUUUCUCUAGCGGCGACAGUGAUGAGUGAUCUUAUUCACAAAGAUCCUACCUGUUUCCCUGUCCUAGAUGCUGCUGGCGUGCCUCAGGCGUUUCUUGAUGCUAUUACUGGGGGUGUCAUCUGCUCUUCUGAAGCAAUUGGUUGCAUACCACAGUGCCUGGAUGCUCUAUGCCUGAAUAAUACUGGUCUCCAAGAAGUCAAAGAUCGUAAUGCUCUAAUGUGUUUUGUCAAAAUAUUUACUUGCAGGACAUAUUUACGUGCCCUUUCUGGUGAUACUCCAGGAUCUCUGUCCAGUGGUUUGGAUGAACUUCUAAGGCAUGCUUCCUCUCUUCGCAGUUCUGGUGUGGAUAUGCUGAUUGAGAUUUUGAAUACAGUGUUAAAAAUGGGAUCUGGGGUUGAUGCUUCUCCUUCCCUGGACUCUUCAUGCUCUUCAACUCCCUUUAUCAUGGAUGCCGACCUCAAUGAAAAAGGUUCAGUUUUUCUCGUUGAAGGAGAAUCCUCCAAGACAUCUGGACUGAUGGUUGAGGCAUCUUCAGACGGAUUAUCCAUGAACGUUGAGCUAUUUCUUCCAGAAUGUGUGAGCAAUGUUGCUCGACUGCUUGAAACUAUCCUCCAAAAUGCUGACACCUGCCGUCAAUUCAUUGAGAGGAAGGGUAUUGAAGCCGUUCUCCAAUUAUUUACGCUGCAACUGAUGCCUUUUUCUGUGUCCAUUGGUCAGAAUAUAGCUGUUGCGUUCAAAAAUUUUUCGCCUCAACAUUCUGCCUCUCUUUCUCGGGCAGUUUGCUCUUUUUUAAGGGAACAUCUUAAGUUAACCAAUGAAUUGAUGAUUUCUGUCCGUGGUUCAAAAAUUGUUGAGCUUGAAACUGCAAAGCAGAUAAGAUUUUUCAGACACCUUUUCAAUCUGGAUGGUUUACUAUCCCUUUCAAAUUUUUUGUUGAAAGGGACGACUACAAUGACAUCUGAAUUGAGCUCUGCAGAUGCUGACAUCUUGAAAGACUUGGGAAAGGUUUAUAAGGAAAUGCUUUGGCAGAUUUCCUUAUGUUGUGACUACAAGGCAGAUGAGAAGCAGGAUAUUAGUCAAGAACCUGGUGCAGCUGAUGCAUCCUUACCAACUACUGCUGGUAGAGAAAGUGAUGAUGACACAAAUAUUGCUCCACUUGUCAGAUAUAUGAAUCCAGUCUCAGUAAGAAAUGGUCCUGCGUCAGAAUGGAAUUUUGCACAAGAGAUUUUCUCAGCAGUUCGUUCAGCUGAAAAUCUUCACCGGCAUGGCCGGCAAGUACCCUCACGGACUCGUGGUGGAAGGACAAGCCGACAGCUUGAUGCUUCUUUCACUGAUGCAGAAGGUUCUAUGAACUCUUCUGAGGCUUCCUCGGUCCAAGAUGUUAAAAAGAAAAGCCCAGCUGUCCUGAUAUCAGAAAUUUUGCCCAGACUUGUUUCAUCUAUUCGUUCUUUCCAUGCUUCUCUUGUGAAAGGACUGACAGCCCGUCGCAGAGCUGAUCAUGGUUCUCUGAGUCCUGCUUCCAAGAAUCUUACUACAGCUCUUGCAAAGCUUUUUCACGAAGCUCUUAGUUACUCAGGGCAUUCAACUACUGGCCUUGAAAUCUCUCUCUCUGUGAAGUGCAGGUAUCUUGGAAAGGUUGUGGAUGACAUGAUUGCACUUACCUUUGAUAGCAGACGGCGCUCAUGUAAUACAGCAAUUGUGAACAGUUUCUAUGUAAAUGGAACAUUUAAAGAGCUUCUGACUACAUUUGAGGCCACAAGCCAAUUACUUUGGACGCUACCUUAUUCUAUCCCCAUGUCAGGUCCUGAUCAAGGCAAAGCUACUGACAGAAAUAAGUUAUCUCAUAGCUCUUGGUUGCUUGAUACGUUGAAAAGCUAUUGCCAUUUGUUGGGAUACUUUGCUAACUCUUCUCUUCUCCUAUCUCCUUCGCCAUCCCAAGCUCAACUUCUUGUUCAGCCAGUUGCAGAUGGGCUGUCUAUUGGAUUAUUUUCUGUUCCAAGGGAUCCUGAGGCGUUUGUUCGAAUAUUGCAAUCUCAAGUUUUGGAUGUGAUAUUUCCUAUCUGGAAUCAUCCACUAUUUCCUUGCUGCAACCCAUCCUUUAUUACUUCUCUCAUCUCUAUUGUCACUCUUGUAUACUCUGGUGUUGGAGAUGCAAAGCGUGGUCGUAAUAAUGUUACUGGAAGCACUAGCCAGAGGCUUUUGUUCCCUCCUUUAGAUGAAUCUUCAAUUGCUUCCAUUGUUGAGAUGGGCUUUAGUAGGGUCAGAGCUGAGGAGGCUCUGAGAAGCAUUGGUACAAAUAGUGUUGAAAUGGCCAUGGAUUGGUUAUUUAGUCAUCCUGAGGAACUUGUGCAGGAGGAUGUUCAGCUUGCCCAAGCCCUUGCGUUAUCACUUGGAAAUUCAUCCGAAACAUCAAAGGAGGAUAAUACUGAUAAGCCAAGAGAUAUAUUUACUGAAGAAAGAGCGGUGAAUGUACCCCCAGUUGAUGAUAUACUUUCUGCAUCUAUGAAACUAUUUCAAUCUAGUGACUCAGUCGUCUUCCAAUUAACAGACUUACUGGUAACUCUCUGCAACUGUGAUAAGGGAGAAAAUCGACGAAGGGUAGUUUCUUAUCUCAUCCAGCAAUUAAAACUUUGUUUGACAGAUUUCUCUAAAGAAAUUGUUGGCUUAUGUCAUAUAUUGGUGCUGUUACUAACUGAAGAUGCUGCCACUCGAGAAAUUGCUGCAGAGAAUGGUGUUGUCUCGGCUGCACUAGAUAUCCUUACAAACUUCAGUAUGAAGAAUGAAUCCAGAGAUGAUAUUUCAGUGUCAAAAUGCAUUAGUGCACUGUUGCUUGUCUUGGAUAACAUGUUGCAGUGUAAACCCAAGGUUCCCACAGAAAAUGCCGAAGGAACUGCAUCCGUGAACAACUUACUUGGAAAGGAAACGUUGCUACCUGCCACAGAACCAAUUAGUGAGAAUAAACCUGCAGCUGAUGGCUGUGAGAAGGAAUCCAGCAAUGUGUUUGAGAGAAUCUUGGGGCUAUCCACUGGUCAUCUGACUCUUGAGGAGAGUCAGCGGACACUGGCAAUUGCUUGUGAUCUCAUGAAACAGCAUGUUCCAGCUCCUGUGAUGCAUGCUGUUCUGCAAUUAUGUGCUCGCAUUACAAAAACACACGCCCUCGCCCUGCAAUUUCUUGACAGUGGUGGUUUGGUUGCUCUUUUUAGCCUUCCAAAAAGUUGUGUUUUCCCUGGUUUUGAAAGCCUUGCAUCAGCUAUCGUUCGUCAUCUGCUUGAAGAUCCACACACUCUUCAGACUGCCAUGGAGUUGGAGAUAAAACAGACUUUAAUGGGCUCCCUUAGCCGGCAUGCUGGUCGGCUUUCCCCACGACUAUUUUUGACUUCGAUGGCACCUGUGAUAUCUAGAGAUCCCACAAUUUUCAUGAGGGCGGCUGCUGCAGUUUGCCAGUUGGAGUCUUCAGGAGGGAGAAUUAGUGUAGUCAUAUGUAAGGAAAAAGAGAGGGAAAAGACAAAGUCCUCUGGUGCUGAGGGAGUGGUAAUUUCAAAUGAAUGUAUUAAGAUGUCUGACGGCAGACUAAAUGAUCCACCAACUAAGUAUUCCCGGAGUCAAAAGAAAGUUCCUGCAGUUCUGUCUGUAGUCAUUGAUCAGCUUUUGGAAAUAAUUAUGAGCUAUCCACAAUCCUCAAAAAAUGAGGAUGAUGUGGGUUCUUUUUCACUGAUGGACAUUAAUGAAUCUACAUUGAGGAACAAAGGCAAAUCGAAAGUUGACGAAAUGAGUUUGGACAGUGACAACCUCUCUGAAGGAUCUGCAUUUGCAAAGGUGACAUUUGCCCUGAAAUUGAUGAGUCAUAUUCUUCUCAUGUAUAUGCAUGCUGUAGGGGUUGUGCUGAAACGUGAUUCUGAAACUAGUCAGCUACGAGGAUCUGGUCAUCCAGAUAGCUCUACACAUGGUGGGAUAUUGCAUCAUAUUAUUCACGAACUGCUUCCAUUAUCUUCUGAUCUACCAGCUGGAGGUUCAGACGAGUGGAAGGACAAGUUGUCUGACAAAGCAUCUUCGUUUUUGGUAAUGCUGUCUGGUCGUUCUAGUGAGGGGCGUAGACGAGUUAUUAAUGAACUAGUGAAAGCCCUUUCCUCUUUCUCAAGCUUUGUGAACAAUGCUUCUAAUGGGAAGCUGUUGCCAAAUAAAAAGGUUCUGACUUUUUCGGACUUAAUAAAUGCUAUUUUGUCUAAAAGUAUUUCUUCCAGUAGCUUUCCUGGACAUGCUCCUGGGUGUUCGCCGGACAUUGCCAAGACUAUGAUAGAUGGAGGAAUGGUGCAAUCAUUAACUGGUGUUCUACAAGUGAUUGACCUUGACCACCCCAAUGCUCCAAAAGUUGUCAAUCUAAUGCUUAAGGCUUUGGAGAACUUAACACGGGCUGCGAAUGCUAGUGAUCAGCUAUUCAAGGCAGAUGGACUCAACAAGAAAAAAACAAAUGACAGAAUUGAAGACAGUAAUGAUGCAUCUCCACGUGAUGAUGCCCUAAAUCAGAGCUACAUUGUUGGCUCUCAACCAGAAACUGAUGCCAAUCAGCCUGAGGAAUCACAGAUUCAGGAAUCUCAUAAUGGAACUGACCAUAAUGAGCAUCCUGAUGAGGCCAUGGAACAAGAUCUGAGAGCACAAAGUGAAGAAAAUGCUGUCACUGAUCCAUCUCUGGAGCAUGGAGAGGACUUUAUGCGUGAAGAGAUGAAUGGAGGGAGUGUCUUGCAAGGAGCAGAUGGGGUUGGGAUAUCUUUCCAGGUUGAGCACAGGACAGAUGAUGAUAUGGCUGAUGAAGAUGAUGAAGACAUGGGGGAUGAUGGUGAUGAUGUGGAUGAUGAUGAUGAUGAGGAAGAUGAAGAUAUAGCAGAAGAGGGAGCUGCUCUUAUGUCUCUAGCUGACACAGACGUGGAGGAUCAUAAUGAAAGUGGUUUAGUAGAUGAAUAUAAUGAUGAUAUUGAUGAGGAUGAUGAAUUCAGUCAAGACCGUGUCAUAGAAGUAAGGUGGAGGGAAGGCUUAGAUGGUUUGGAUCGCCUGCGAAUUUUAAGGGGAUCUGGUGAUGUUGGUGGUUUUAUCGAUGUUGCCACAGAGCCUUUUCAAGGGAUAAAUGCUGAUGAUACUUUCCAUUUUCGUCGCCCAUUGGGCAUUGAACGCCGACGACAAAGUGGCAGAGGUUUCCUUGAACGUCCAAGCUUAGAUGGCAAUGCUUUACAACAUCCAUUGCUCACUAGACCAUCACCAGCAGUGGAUUCUAAUGGUUCACUGUGGCCUUCUGCUGCAAACUCGUCUAGAGACUUAGAAGCUUUUUCAGUUGGAAGCUUUGAUGUCACUCAUUUGUACAUGUUUGAUUCUGGUUUCCCAUCUGAAAAUACAGCGACUACUCUUUUUGGUGACCGUUUAGUUGGUUCUGCGCCACCACAAUUAAUUGAUUUCACGCUAGGAAUGGAUCCUUUUCAUGUUGGUGGUAGAAGGGGGUUGAGUGAUGGCCGAUGGACUGAUGAUGGACAACCACAAGCUGGUAGUCAGGCUGCUAUCAUUGCACAGGCUGUGGAGGAGCAGUUUGUUUCUCAGCUGGCUGGUAGUCUGGUUUCUGUAAAUAAUUCUUCGGUUCAGAGACAGUCUGGGGAAUCUAACCAGGAGCAACAUCACCAAAAUGCGUCAUUGGCUACCAACAGUGAAUUACAAGUGGCAGCAGAUGAUGCUUCUGUUCAACCAAUUGAAGUACAAAAUCAAGAGUAUGUAAUUUCGACUUCACAGCAAGAAGGAAACGUAGCGACUGGAGAAGUUUCAGUACUUCAUGAUGUUCAUUGUGGAACAGGUGAUGGAGAGUCGACAGUUGGCAAUGCAGAGGGGAGUCAGGUCACUGGAGAAUCGAUGUCGGGUUUACUCAGUGUGUACAAUGGCACAGGUAAUGGAAACGAAAGCAUGCAUAUCUUUCAGGGAGUUAGCUCUGGCAGUGGACUGUUGGAAACAAUUCCUGAGAGUGGCGUGGCACCCAUUUAUUUGCAGAAUGAUCUUCAGAUGCAAGAUUGUCCUGAACUUCAUCUUGAUAAUGAACGUUCAGGAUUUCCCAGUCGUGGUGCUGAUGGGACAUCUAGAACUGAAAGCCACUCCAGCAGCCAUGCCAUAAUUGAUUCGGGAUCCACAAUUCCAGAUACAAGUGAUGGUCACAUGGGCUCUAUUCACACAAGCAUUGAUGUAGACAUGAAUGGCACAGAUGCCAUUGGGAAUGAGGCUGAGAGUAACGAUCCUACUUCAUUUAAUAGAGAAGAUUUGUCUGCCCGGCAAGGUGUAGAAGUCCCUUUAGAAUCUAAUCAGGUUGCUGCGGUUAAUAUGACUAAUGAAGUUACCAGUACAAAUGCCAUUGAUCCAACUUUCUUGGAGGCAUUGCCUGAUGAUUUGCGCGCAGAGGUUCUAGCUUCACAGCAGGCUCAACCCGUGCAACCUGCGAGAUUUACGCCACCACUUGCUGAGGAAAUUGAUCCUGAGUUUUUAGCUGCCCUGCCACCUGACAUUCAAGCAGAAGUUUUGGCUCAGCAGCAAGCACAGAGGCUUGUACAUUCUCAACAGGCUGAAGGACAACCUGUUGACAUGGAUAAUGCCUCAAUCAUCGCUACUUUUCCUCCUGAUCUUCGUCAAGAGGUAGAUAUUUGACUUGUAUUUCUAUAAUUUAUUUAUGUAACAGAGUUUCUUCUCAUUGUACUAUGCCUGCACUUCUAGGUACUUUUGACCUCUUCAGAAGCAGUUUUAUCAUCAUUGCCAUCAAAUUUUCUGGCUGAGGCACAAAUGCUUAGGGAUCGAGCAGCUAGUCACUAUCAUGCACGCGGUAGCCUCUUCAGUGGGAACCAUAGGCUUGAUAAUAGGAGAUUGGCAAUUGUCCGUCAGGCAGUGAUGGAUCGAGGUGUCGGUGUUACGAUUGGUCGAAGAACUGUGCCUCUGGUUGCGAACAACUUAAAUAUCAAAGAGCUUGAAGGAGAGCCUCUUUUCAAUAUGGAUGCUUUAAAAGCCUUAAUUCGUCUAUUAAGAUUAGCUCAGGUAAAGUCUUAAUUCAAUGCUUAUCUGGAUUGGUGAAUCUAAUUUGGUUGGCAAUUAGUAUGAUUAUUGUAUGCAAUGAUCACAUUUGCUGGCAAAUUCACCCGAAAAUAAAUGGAACAGGAUGCCUUUGAGCCAUUGCUAUCAAAAUUGCUCUUUUUCAGUCAAGUCCUGUGUCAUUUGGUGCUAGGUGUUAUACGUGCAGUGUGCUUAUAUCAUAUAGCUUGAGUUUAGAUCUGUGAAAACUCAGAAAUGUGUAGCUUAUGCGAACAUGAAUUCUAGAGAAGGGAGAAGCUAUAAUGGCAUGUUUCUCUGGAAACUGUUUUGAGUUUUAAUUAAUGCCAAGCAUCUGUAAGGUUGCCUAAUGAAGUCAAUUUCAGGUGACUCUCUUUAGAACCAUUGCUCAUAUAUGUUUAAAUCUUGCCUCAAACACGCAGAUCAGUGAGUAGUGUGUACAAAUUACUUAUCUUUGGUAUCUAGAAGAUAAAUUUAAUGUAGAUUGUAAAGACACGCUUUUAACGGUUCCUGUUUUAAACCCUACUCUAUCAUCCUGGAAAAAUGAAUGGUUACAGUCAUCUAUGAGCAGCAGCCUUAGGUCACAUGCAAUCAUGGUGCAUGUGAAAUAUUUACUGGCCAGGUUGUGGGCAGCGUUGGCUACCUUGGCAAACGCAAAAACUCCAAUCUAGCGUAGCCCUUGCUGAUGUCCCUUAUGUUGUAUAUGCCAAUUCUUUUCAAUUCGGUGCAUCUGGUUAUGUGAAAUGUGGUAUAUCAUUCAUGAUUAAUUAUUAUUUAUUUAUUUUUGUUGGCAGCCCCUUGGGAAAGGUCUUCUUCAAAGACUUAUGCUGAACCUAUGUGCACAUAGCACAACACGUGCUAAUUUAAUUCGCCUUUUGCUUGAUAUAAUCGAACCAGAUGGUGAAGCUCUAGUUAAUAAGUCAGCCACACCUGAUUCACAUAGGCUGUAUGGAUGCCAGUGGAACAUAGUUUAUGGUCGAUCACAGACAACUGAAGGUGCUAUUUUAAUCAUACAUACUACAUUUAAUCCAGUUAUAAUGACAUUUUACAUAAGUGAUCUCUUUUGUUGUUCUGUAGGUCUCCCACCUCUUGUCUCACGUCGUGUUCUGGAAAUUUUGACGUAUCUGGCAACAAAUCAUUUGUCUGUUGCAAACAUUCUUUUCUUCUUUGAUCCUUCAUCGGACCUUGAAUCUCAAAGUACUCAGUUUGAGAGCAAGGAGCAUUAUGAAAGGAAAACACCUGAAAAUUUCGAUGUGCUUAAUAUACUCGAAACAUCCCAGAAAGCGUAUAUACCUUUAGUUUUAUUCCUGAAACUCCUUAACAGGCCCUUAUUUCUUCGAAGUAAUGCCCAUCUGGAGCAGGUAUUUAUAAGCCAUAUAUUUGAAUAUUUCCUUCGCAAUAUGUAUGAUUAUCUGACUUCUACUUAUUUUUGCAGGUCAUGAGUUUGAUUCAGGUAGUAGUCAACAAUGCUGUGUCAAGGAUUGAAUGUCAGCCUCGUUCUAGAGAGGCAGCUAACUAUGAGGCCCAAGCAAGCAAUGGAUCUUCAGAUAACACUCAGAAAGGCUCUUCUACGUCUGAUGAUAACGCUAACCCCACCAAGUCCGAAGCGCCCUGUUCUCUGGGAAAGAGAACUAGUGAACCAUAUGAGAUUCUUUUGCAGCUCCCUAAAUCUGAUUUGAGGAAUCUUUGUAGUCUCCUCUCUCAUGAAGGGUGUGUUUUCUUAAGCAUUUCUAAAUUAGAUGUUAUUGUUUACCAAUGCUGAAUACCAUUUUUGUUGCGAUUCUUUUUGUAUUGCUAUUUCUUGUUGCUUUGUCUUUGCUGUACUCCGUACAUAUAGUAACCUUUCUGACGUUUUUCCCUUUUCAGUUUGAAUGCCUGUUUCAAUGACUAUGUUUCGUCAUUUUUGGUUAAUGUAAUUCUGUUGCAAGUUGGGUGGAUUACAAAAGACGCAUUCUUUGGGAAAACCGUUAAAAUGCUUCAAUGAUGACUCUAAGCUGCCUAUAGGUUUUUAUUAGCACUAUUUUUUUGAUUUUCACAUACGUUUUUGCAUCUUCAGAUGGUGUAGUAUUCUGUUGUGCCUGGUAACUGGCUAUUUCUAUGUUUAUGACAAUCUUGAAGGGAAGAUCUUCCUAUGGCAAUCAUCUGCCUUAGCCAGGAUUGCAGGGUUAAUACCUGUGGGGUGGUUGCCGGACUUUAAAAACUGCAUCUAGCCAAAAGACACUUAGAGAUUUCGUCCCCAGUUACCAUCUUCCUAAUGGGCAAGCCAUGAUUGUGGGGAUAAAACACAAUACAAUAAUACCACAACAUAUCUGGGCCGUCUUCCAUUGCACACGAAAAAUAUUCUGGUUGAUAUAUUAUGCAAAAAACUCUCUAAUAUGGACUAUGGUGGAAGCUUCCUUUACAUUGGGAUGCUCAAAAAAUCCAAUUGCAUUUAUUUUUAAAACAGCAUAUUUUCAGCUUUCAGGGGGUAACUAAUGUGUUAUGUUGAUGCACAGGCUCUCAGACAAAGUGUACUCUCUUUCCUCUGAAGUUGUGAAGAAAUUAGCUUUUGUUGCUGAUCCCUAUUUGAAAUUCUUCAUGGCUGAGUUGGCAAGUUUAGCUCAUGGUUUAAGUGGUUCUGCUGUCAAUGAGCUCACAACUCUUAAGAGAACAGGGAUGCUUGGAUUAUCUGCUGGUUCCAUGGCUGGGGCUGGAUUCCUACGAGUACUACAAACGCUCAGUUCACUCACUUCAUCUGAUGAUGGGAAUAAGAACCAAGAGUAUGAAUGUGAACAGGGAGAACAGUCCACUGUGUGGAAGCUCAAUGUAUCACUCGAUCCGUUAUGGCAGGAAUUAAGUGAUUGCAUAAGUACGAUUGAGACAAAACUGGGGCAUAGUUCCUCCUUUUCUUCUCUGCAAAGACCAAACAGCAGAGAACCUGGAGGUCUCUCCUCUCUCUCUCCACCUCUUCCUCCUGGGACUCAGAGAUUAUUGCCAUUCAUAGAGGCAUUCUUCGUCCUUUGUGAGAAGUUACAGUCUAACAACUCCAUCACACAGAUGGAUACCAAUGUGACUGCUAGAGAGAUAAAAGAAAUUUCUGGGAACUCAUCCUCAUCACCUCUGAGAUGUGGCAGUGGAACUGUAACGUUUGCAAGAGUUGCUGAAAAGCAUAGACGCCUGCUAAAUGCUUUUAUCAGACAAAAUCCUGGUCUAUUAGAAAAGUCUCUUUCUAUGAUGCUAAAGGUGCCGAGAUUAAUCGAUUUUGACAAUAAGAGGGCAUAUUUCCGUUCAAGGAUCCGACAGCAGCAUGAUCAGCAUCCAUCUGCUCCUCUUCGUGUUAGUGUCCGCAGGGGAUAUGUCCUGGACGACUCGUAUAACCAGUUGCGGAUGCGCUCCAGCCAGGAGUUGAAGGGUCGGUUAACCCUCCAUUUUCAAGGUGAGGAGGGUAUUGAUGCAGGUGGUUUAACACGGGAGUGGUAUCAACUCCUUUCAAGAGUGAUAUUUGAUAAAGGAGCUUUGCUUUUCACAACUGUUGGAAACAGUGCGACAUUCCAACCCAACCCCAAUUCAGUUUAUCAAACAGAACAUCUUUCAUACUUCAAAUUUAUUGGUCGUGUGGUAAUAUUUUCUUGACCAUUGUGCAAAUUCAGGUUUUGGUGUAUUUUUUCAUCCUGAUUUUUCAUUGCAUUAAAUAUUUACAGGUUGCCAAGGCACUUUUUGAUGGUCAAUUAUUGGAUGUUUACUUCACACGUUCAUUUUAUAAGCACAUUCUUGGGGUUAAGGUGACUUACCAUGACAUUGAAGCUAUUGAUCCUGAUUACUACAAGAACCUAAAAUGGAUGCUCGAGGUCAGUGAUUUAUUGUUUCUAAGGUUGGGACAAAGGUUUGGACGAUGUAAUACUUGCCGUUGACUAUUUGUUCAUUUAUAAACCAGAACGAUGUCACCGAAAUUCCUGACUUGACAUUCAGUAUGGAUGCUGAUGAGGAGAAGCACAUCCUAUGUGAAAAGACUGAGGUACAAGCUAAUAUGAAGCUUUCGAUACCUUCUUAGAAUAUCUGAAUUUAUGAAUCUAUACUUUUGAACUGAUCCUUAUAACUUGAUUCAUACCAUUCUUGCAAUGAACUUCAACAAUUUCAAGGUUACCGACCAUGAGCUCAAACCUGAUGGAAGAAAUAUCAGGGUUACAGAAGAAACAAAGCACGAGUAUGUGGAUCUUGUGGCUGACCAUAUAUUGUCAACAGCUAUCCGUCCUCAAAUCAAUUCCUUCUUAGAGGGUUUCCACGAACUGAUUCCUCGACAGCUCAUCUCAAUAUUUAAUGAUAAAGAGCUUGAGCUUCUGAUUAGUGGUCUUCCAGAAAUUGAUGGUAAGUUUACAUAAUCCGCUUGCUUGUACGUACGAUCAUGCCUUUUUCUUACUCUCGCCAUUUGCAGUGGAUGAUCUGCAAGCCAAUACAGAGUAUACUGGGUACUCUGCUGCUUCCAGUGUUGUUCAAUGGUUCUGGGAGGUUGUUAAAUCAUUCAACAAGGAGGACAUGGCAAGGCUUUUACAAUUUGUAACUGGAACAUCAAAGGUAUUUAUUUUAUAGCGAGAUUUAGCUAACCCUAAAGUAUAAAGUGAGGUCUUGCGAGGAUUAUCAGUUAUUCUGGCUUCUCCUCCAGUUUGUAGGUACAACAUCAUGUUUGAAACAAUACAUAUGUCGAGCAAGAAAUAAAUAUAUUUUGCUAAAAUAAUUGUAUUCCCAGUGAAAAAUUUCAACUAUGGGUUUGAAAUGUCAUUGCUUUUGGUGAGGGUACUGUCAUGGAUUUGUAGCCAGUUUGAUUACAAACUAGAAACUUUUCAAAUUUUGCUUCUAGAAAUGUUCACCCUGGGUUGGGUAUGGUGGGUUUGGUAGGUGUAUGGGCUCUUCAAUACAAGUCCUUACAAUUCUUGCCUAUGUUGCCAAAUAUUUCUGUCCUUUUUCUUAUCAUACAUCUGAGUGGAAAACGUUUUAUGUGUUUCAGAUUCCUCUUGAAGGUUUCAAAGCGCUGCAGGGAAUCUCCGGCCCUCAAAGAUUUCAGAUUCACAAGGCAUAUGGUGCUCCUGAAAGGCUACCAUCCGCACAUACUUGGUUAGUUAGUUCUCAUAGCUUGCCGAUGCUUCUUCACUCGCUUUGUUUGGCUGGGUGGGAUAAUCUGCUUUAGGAAGUAUAUUUAUGCAUUAACUUAAAAAAAUCUUGGUGCAAUAUAUUUGGCAGUUUCAAUCAACUGGAUUUGCCCGAAUAUUCCUCCAAGGAACAGCUUCAAGAACGUCUUCUUCUGGCCAUCCAUGAAUCUAGUGAAGGUUUUGGCUUUGGUUGA